UUAUAUUCUAUGCCUGUGUUAUUCUGUUUGUCACUAGGUAAGACCGCUACUCUAGGACAUAACAGUGGCGCGGUCGCAGUAGUGAAUCUUUUGAUUCACAAUUCGGACAUUAUUCGGAUUAUUCAAAUUCGGGGGAAGUAUUCGGAUUAUUCGGAGAUUCGCAGAGCACAUCAGAUUCUUAUUCAGAGGAGACGGUGUCAGUUGAAGUGUGGCAGGCAUUCAAGCCGAUCGAAUUCAUCUAUUCGACAAGGCCUAGCAAACCUUAGUCAAUUUUAUUCGGACCAAUUCGAGCUUUGA